AUAUCCAGGGAGAGAUAACUCUAAAAUCCCUCCUUCCACGUGCUUCCUGCUGUCUGAUGUUGUGUUCCUUCAUCCGACACCCGUCUCUGUCUCGAAGAACCAUGAAUGUUUCUACCCGCUGUCUCUGAAUCUGAAGGUCAUACGACAACAACAAACCAUAUAUCUUCGGCAUUAAAUCGAAGACAUUCGAUCCUCAAUGGCUGUCCGUGGUAUAUUUUCACGUCUGGUGUCACCACGGGAUCGAAAUUGGCUCCAUGUUCUCAAGAAAACAACCGGUUCUAACCGGUUUUACACGGAAGACGGGAGACGAGAUGGUUACCAUGGCGACAAGAGUGCCGAGGAUAAAAAUGUGGAGAGUAAAGCUGAAGAUUCUGCAUCACCAUCAUCAUCAUUGGCAAAGCCGCCAACACCAUCACCAUCAGAGUAUGUCUCUAGCAGGAAACUGAAGCGUCAAGAGAAGAUUCUAGAAAAAUCCAAGAAGAAACCAAAGCUGCAGAGUGAGGAAUAUUUCCAUGACUUUGUCAAAGACAAGAAGACAAGAAGAAAGAAAGAGAAGACACGGCAACAGGGCCAUAGUCCGUCAUUUGAAGGUUCGAGUAAUAUGGAUAGCGCCUUGAAAGAAUUCCUGAAAACUGACCCUAAAGCGAUCUCACGCAGGCCUGGUAGUGAGCCAAAUGUGGCUGAACAACCUGAAUUUCCAUCCGAUAAGGAAGAAUACAUGAAAUGGUAUCAGAGCCAGGAACGCUUUGCUGUCCGUCCGUCUGUCGACCCUGAGACCACGAGCAUUCUGUUGUUUCCUGGUCAAGGGAGCCAGUUUGUAGGCAUGGGUAAGAAGCUCAUCGAUGGUCAUCAGCGGUGUCGAGAGAUGUACGAAAUAGCUAGCUCAAUACUUGGUUAUGAUCUGCUUAAACUGUGUCUGGAAGGACCCCAGUCAGAACUUGACCGAACUGUUGUUUGUCAACCAGCAGUGAUGGUCACGUCGCUGGCUGCAGUCGAAUGGUUGCAGGAAGAAAACCCAGAGGUAAUUGAGAAAUGUAUAUCGACUGCUGGAUUUAGUGUUGGGGAAUUAUCUGCCCUGGUCUUUGCUGGAGUUAUAGAUUUUGAAGAUGCCGUAAAACUAAUCAAAGUUCGGGCAGAAGGAAUGCAGGCAGCUUCAGAGGAAACCCCCAGUGGCAUGAUGUCUGUAUUCUGUACACACAGAACUAAACUGGGCCUUGCCAUGCAGGUCGCUAAGGAGGUUUGCAAGCAGAAACACGACCUCUACGGGCCCGUGUGCCAGAUUGCUAACUAUCUCUAUCCCGACUGUAAAGUCAUUGCUGGCCAUGAUAUGGCGCUGAGCUUUAUUGAAAAUAACAUGAAGGAUUUUGGAAUUCGUCGUACUAAGAGACUUCCGGUCAGCGGGGCUUUCCACACCCCUCUUAUGGAAUCCUCUGUGCCAUCGUUCGUUGAAGCCUUGAAGAAUUUGGAGAUCAGAGAACCGCUAUUCCCAGUUUAUUCCAAUGUCAAGGCCAGAAUGUACCUGAAUUCUCCGAAAGGAGUAAAGAAACUCUUGAAAAAACAUCUCACAAGUGCUGUCAAAUGGGAGCAGAUCUUGCAUGUCCUGUAUUCAAGGGACAAGUCGACAGCAAAAUUCCCUCACACGUAUGAACUGGGGCCAGGCAAGCAAUUAGGGACUUUAUUGAGAAUGGUAAACUUAAAGGCUCAUGCAAAUUACCAUAGUGUAGACGUUUGAUAAGGGUUUUCUCAUCCUUUUAGUCUUUCAUUUGUUUUAAGUUGUUGGACCAUGGCCAUUCUGGGGCACCACUUUGAAAGCUUUUUAGUCCACCAUAUUGACCCCUACUGGUUAUUUCUGUCUGGUACUUUUUCUUUUAUUUUCAUUUGUCCCUGUUUAUCAAAUGUAUAGGGUUUACUCUUUAGGUGUAAAGG